GCUAUUUUUUGCAGCUUCUUCUGUGCUUGUAAAUGUUCCCAAGUCCGUUGUAGGGUGGAACCAUAAAAUUCAAACAGACGGGGUGGAAGAAAUUGCAGCAGAGUGCAGGCCACCUCCCUCCUCACCAAACUGGAUGAAAAAUUCACUAUAAAGAUGGUUGGUCAAAUUUUUUCAGGUUCAUUAUAAAUACAAGAAAAAAAAUGGGGGCUGUAGUGCUCUGGCUCCCCCCUUAGUCCGCCGCUGCAUUGUUGAGUUACAUAAGCGGGCAGGAUUUUCUAACAACAUGACAAAGUGCAUGGAUCAAUCACUGUGUUCUCAGUGUUUUUUAAAGGUUUGCAAGUGCUUAUAACACUCAACGAUGCAUCAGGAGCAGUUGAGGAUCAAUGUAUUUGUAAGCUCACAAUGAUUGUAGACCACAUGCAUUACAACUUAACCAUUCAUGCGUGUGAUUUAGACUUUGUGCGAUUUAUCAAGCUUAAAUAAACUCAAACUGGCCAAUAAAAGUAUUGUAGCAUGUGUAAUUGCUGUGACAUUUUAUAGGAUCAGUGAAGAAAACUCUCCCUCUCUGUUCACAGAGCAAUUCGACCAAUCCUUUCUCUUAACAGUAAACACGUGCACAUACAUACAUGCGUUAUUUUGUUUGGGUUUUAAUUGCUGACUGCACGUAAAUACGUUUUUAGUUUUUCGUGAAAUACUCUUGUAGGAUCUCCUGUUUAGAAUUGAGAUAAUAAUCGUUCAACAAAAUUUUUUUGACAACGAAAAUUCACGUGAAAACAAAAUUAGAGUCCCUAAAGGUGUUUAGACACUCACAGUUGGUUUGAUCCACACACGUUUUGUCCGGAAAAUGUACUUAAUUGUAUAAUUUUUUUACUUGGCUCAAACAAGACUAAUUCCUAUUAUGCCUUUGAGGUAUAUUUUCUGUUUGUUUCAAUGGAUAUAGCCCGCAAAUUAUUAAUUGAAUACCUUGGAUACACUUGAUGUAAUUGCUUUUUAAUUAUUUACACGAACCAACUACUACGACCAAUAACGAUUUCUUUAUUAAUAAGAAGAGAAGAAAACACAGUGUCAACUGGUGUCUUAAAAACAACAGUUUUGCAGAGGUGACCGUGUUUGCAUACUGAGAGAGGGUCAAAUGCUUACAGUGUAAGAUUAAGUGUCGAUUAGGUGUUAAUUGUAAGAAAGAGAAAAAUAUUUUGGUGAAAAUGUCUUUGCCUAAGAGAAAGGACAGUACCCCGGCUAGUUACGAUCGUUCUUUGUUUUUGCGGUGGAACCGGCUUCAAAUGAAUGCCAUGGAAGAAGUAAGGUUACAAAAUGUGCCAUCACUGCACAAUUCGCCCAAAAUUACGAGUCAGGCUCGGUUGGUUGUUGGCGCAAGAAGCAGAAUUGCGGACGCAGAGAAUAGAGUGGGAAAAGACCAAGAAAGGACAGGCACUCGAAAAGAAUUGGUUGGAAUGUCGGAAGAAAACGAAAGCGAAGUAAAAGAAGUGGGUAACCUCAGGAAAGUUUUACCAACUGCCAUGGAUGUUCGAAACGGAAAAUCGAACCCUUUUGAGUUCUUUAAGCAGCAUCGCUUUGAUGAAGAAGUGGAUUUGAACGGAUGGUUUCUUGGCCCGAUAACUGCGUUUGAAAUUUCGUCUGAAUUGUUCUCGUCGUCGAGUAUUGUGCGUUUGUUUCUCGCUAACAACCUUCUCGGGAACGAAGGCGGGAAAGCCAUCGCUAAAGGCCUGGAGGGGAACUUCUCUGUGAGAGAGCUGGACUUAUCUGAAAAUAUGCUUGGACAGAAUGCCAUUUCCAGCAUUGCAGAAAUGCUCACCAAAAACCAAACUUUAGAAAAGCUGAAUCUCUCGAGAAACAACUUAACAGACCCAGACGUGGAAAGUCUGCUUAAAUCCCUUUGUGGCAAAACUGUUCUAAAAGAACUGGACUUGUCCCACAACAUUUUAUGUGACCAAUUCGCCGAGCAGUUGUCAAAUGUUUUAAUGACCAAUUCUGUUCUCGAAAAGCUUUCCAUUAGUUCAAAUCAGCUGGAAGUUACAGGUUUGCAAGCUAUGUUGCCGGGUUUACGAAACGCCCAAACACUGUGUGAUUUGAACAUUUCGUGGAAUUAUUUAUACGACGCGGGAGCUGAAAUUCUUGGCGAAGCAAUCGCAGAUAACCGAAGCAUUAUCGAAAUUUCAGCCUGCGGGAAUCUAUUCACGACAAAGGCUGCAAGUUUUUUAGCGAAGGGUGUAGCUAAUAACCCGAAAUUAAAAGUUCUGCGCAUAGGCCAGAAUUUGAUAAGGAAUUCCGGCGCAUAUGCGUUCAUAAAUGUUUUAUCUGAAAAUGGAUCUCCUUCGACGGCGCUGGAGAUUUUAGAUAUCAAUGGUACCAUUGUUGAUAGAAAAUUCAAACAACUUGUUGAGACGGAGUUGUCGGAUAAGGUUUGCUCUUUGAGAGUUGUCAACUUUUCGGUUGUUAAUGAAAUAGGCAACGAGCUGGAACCGUACAUGGAAAAAUCGCCGGGAGAUAAUUGAAUCUAGAGAGUGAAGUAGUUUCGCCAUCAUUUGUAAUGACAUGUUCUCGAUUAUUUACCCUGUAAAUUGAGGAUAAUGCUUUAAAAUUGACGAUGAUUAAAAUUUAAUGCUCGACCGUUUUUAAUUGUGAACUAAUUAUCUUCCAUACAAAAGUGUCUAGAGAAAAGUAAAGUGCAGUUCAUUUUUUUUACGAAAUCAAUUGAUAAAAAUAUGUAGUUCUCAGUUUAUAGAAUUGUAAGAAAAAUUGCACGGAAAAGAAUGAGAUCGUUCACGAAAAUAAAUUUAAUUUCAGGAAUGAGAUUUCAAAUAUGUAUAUCAGAACUGAGUAUAGUACACUUUUAACAUUAAAAUGCCCAUUGUGGGUGCUUUUUUUAUCUUGAACCUCUCUGCCUUGCCACAAAUACUUGUGGUUACCUCACUGUGUUCGCUCGUGUUUUGGUAUUAGCACCUGCCCAAUAACUUCUUGUCUCAAGAUUUGAAUGUAUUUUAAAAUUGUCCACCCAGUUCUUUAGUUCAAAUUAGUUUAGCUCCGUGAUGUUAACAAAGUGGUUCGCGAAUAGGUGUCGGCGAUCGGCCAUGUUUGUAUCUUCCCGAGGAACGCAAAUUGCCAUAGUAACACCUUUGUUAGAGCGGUUUUCACUUGAAUGUCGGAAAGUAAUUGGUUUUGCCUUAGUACGCUACGCGAUUGGCUUAAAAAC